AUGACUGCUGCAAGUAUAUUUUGGCAAGAUACUCUUCGAGAUUACAACAUCGAUUAUUCGUUACCACUACCAUUUGAUCGAUACCGUCUUUCUGAUGAACAUCGAACUAGUCGUGGAAUAUCUGUCAGUUUCGAUUUUGGUGAAGAUCUUUCGCAAGCUGUUGUUACUUAUUCAUCGUUGAAUGGUAUCACACUUGAACAAUUGGUACUUGCAAGUUAUUAUGCAUUCUUGUUCAAAUUGACUAAUGGAGAAAGUGAGUUGUGUAUUAAAAUGAACAUAGAUGGAAGAUAUACAAAAGAGUUGACGUCAGUAAUUGGACUGUUCGUCAAUACUAUUCCUUUACGAUGUCAACUAGAUCCCUAUUGGUCGUUUCCUCAACUACUUGAUCAUGUUCAAGAGAUCACAACAAAUAGUUUAGAGUACUCAUAUUUUCCUCUUCAACGAAUUCUGGUUCAAAAUUCAAACGCUGCAAGAUCAGUAUUUCUUGAUACUGCAUUUGAAUUUCAAUCUUAUACUUCUAAAAAUAGCAAGAAUGAAUUGAUAAUGGAAGAUGCUCGAUUUCAUGAUAUGUCCACUUCAGUCUGUAUUGAUGAUGAUGCAAUAAUGGGCGACUCUGACUUCAUUCUCACUGUUCAAUAUGAUUUAGAUAUGAAUCAUAUUUCAUGUUCGUUUAGUGCAUCAAUCGACUUGUUUGAUAGGAUAACAGUAGAUAAGAUGACUCAAAGAUUUUAUUCAAUGUUAGAACAUCUGUUUCACAUGAAAGAAGUUCAGAUUAACAAGUUACUUAAUGAAUUAUCAAUUAUAUUACCAGAUGAGAGGUUACUUAUGAAAUCAAUAAACAACACACAAGUAUUAUUUUCUCCGCUAGCUUGUAUACAUCAUGAAUUUAUUCAUCAAGUGAUGGAACAUCCUCAAAAACUAGCAGUCGAGCUCGAUAAUCAAUCUUUGACAUAUUCUGAGCUUCUAUAUUAUGUACAAGUAUUAUCUUUAAAUCUGUUGAAUAAACAAAGCGUUAAUGUAGGCGAUCUUGUUUGCCAAUGUGUCGAAAGAAGUUUAUCGAUGGUGAUUGGCAUGAUGACAAUUGAGAUAGUUGGUGCAGUUUAUUGUCCAUUAUCACCUCGAGAUCCACAACAUCGUUUAAAUGUACUGAUAGAACAAACUCAAAGUCGUCUCGUUCUUGUUCAUCCCAUAACACAAGCUAAAUUCGACGAUAAUAAGUCACUUAAUAUUGAUUCAGUUAUAAUUGACUACGAAGUAGAAAACGAUGCUGAUGUUAAUCAACUAACAAGUAUUAAAGUAACACCAGAGAAUAUAGCUUAUAUUAUAUUCACAAGUGGUUCAACCGGAACACCGAAAGCGGCUCAAAUUCGACAUAGAAACUUCAGUGAAUCUAUUCGUUCGUUGAAUUCUGUCAAUACAUUGAAUGAGAACGAUACAGUUGUGCAAAUGACACGUUGUUCAUUCGAUAUUCAUGUGGAAGAUAUAAUAGGAACACUGAUAAUUGGUGCGACGAUAGUGAUGCUUCAUCCAAGAGGAAUGAUUGAUUUUGAAUAUCUUAUCACAGUGCUUGAACAGAAACAAAUUUCAUUUAUAAACAAUGUGCCGAGUAUCUUUCAGAGUUUGUUUACUAUUUCUCAAGAAUAUAACGCUCGUGACGCUAUGAAAUACUUGAGAUCAGUAUGCAGUGGUGGUGAAGCUUUUCCUGUAAAACUGGUUCCUUUAAUUCGAAGUAUGGUAUCGGAAACAUGUCAAAUAUGGAAUUUAUAUGGACCAGCCGAAACGACUAUUGCUUGUACAUUUCACCCUGUUGAUAUAAUGACCGAUACAGGGAACAUUCCAAUCGGACGCGUAUUACCUAACUAUUGGUGUUUGAUUCUGGACAAUUUCUUACAAUCUGUUAUCGUCUCACAAGAAGGUGAAUUAUAUAUAGGAGGUGUGGGUGUCUUCGCUGGCUACCGUGAACGUGAUGACUUGACAACAAAAGUAUUUGUUAAAAUAGAAGAUGAAAUAUUUUAUCGAACAGGUGAUAUUGUUAAAUUGGAUAAUAAUGGUCUGCUUUAUUAUCGAGGAAGAAAAGAUUAUCAAAUCAAGUUACAUGGACAGCGUAUUGAACUUGGAGAAAUCGAACAAUGUUUACUUGAUACAUCAAUCUCUGCUUGUGUUGUCAUCAAAUGCGGUGAGGAUCAUUUGGUUGCAUAUGUUCAAGGUUCUGAUAUCGACGUAGAACAGUUACGCAAGCAUUGUCAAUAUCAUCUUCCACCACAUAUGGUUCCAUCAGCAUUUGUUUUACUGGAGAAACUACCAUUGAAUGAAAAUGGAAAAAUAGAUCGAAAACUUCUUUCAAUACCUGACUUUUCGCCAUUGGCGAAUAUCAACCAAGCUGGUUUAAUGUCACUAACACCUUUGGAAGAACAUCUACAGCGCAUAUUUAGUGAGACAUUUCACUGUAAGUCACCAAAUGUGAGUAUGCCGUUCGGACAAUUGGGCGGUACAUCAAUCGAUGCUAUACGAGCGCUAGUGCUUAUUCGACAAGAAAUAUGUGUAAAGGUUGAUGCUAGUCUCUUAUUUGCCAACCCAUCGGUUCGACAACUUGCACAAACCAUUGAAUCAUUGCUAGUGACAUAUGGUGACUCAUCUGUCAAAACUAUUGCUUUGCAAUUAGAAAAAGAUCAAGAUCGACUAAUGCCAUCCUUAUGUAUCGAAUUAUUAGAUGGUGUCAAAAUUGCUGAAUUUCAAAACAUAUUAUGUUUUCCAUCAAAUCUUCUUAAUAUUGAACGUGGUGUAACAACGUUCGGCAGGGUUAAUCUUGCUCCAUUCGAAAUGACAAAAGAAGGUCUCUGUUAUCUAAAUGAAAUACAUCUUGGUUCAUAUGUAAAUCUUACCAAUGGGUGUACCAUUAUGCCAGCAACAAGACUUUCUUCCAAAAUAAUCGUUGGAAGUCAAACGUUAGUUACAGAAAAGACUAUUAGUACACAAAGUAAUUGUGUAUUACUCGGUAUUCCAGCUCGUAAAAUGCCCUUUAUAGUGCCUGAAGAUAUAUAUUUCGUUAAUGAUUCAUCAUAUUCGAACUAUAUAGCUAUAUAUACUUUGUUGUUUUCAUGCUUUAGUUUGUUUAUAAGCAAGUGUCUAUUCAUCACUUUAUAUUUAUCAUUACCGAUUGUUGCUGCACUGUUUAUUCAUGCAAUGCUCUUUUGUGCAAUCUACCAUUAUUCGAUUUUGUCUACAAAAAGACGCUCACACUUCACAUAUUCAGAAGUUAUUACUCGCCAACAACACUUUCUUUAUACGUUGAUGAACGAGUUUUCUGCUUUUGUCGGGCCAUAUCUAUCGGGAACACAAUGUCUUGUUUUUCUGUUUCGUAUCCUUGGUGCUCAAAUUGGAUCUGAUGUUAGUCUACCUGAUGUUGGUUGCCUUACUGAUCCACAUCUUGUAAAGAUUGGUGAUCAUGUUCGCCUGAAUAGGAAUGCUAUCAUACAAGCUCACACAUUCGAACAGCGUGUGUUCAAACGAGCACCUAUUACUGUGAAUCAUUCUAGUGUGCUGAUGAGUAAUACACUAGUACUUUCUGGAUCCAUACUUCAAGGACAAAAUCUUAUCUUACCAUGGACACUUGUGAUGAAAGAUGAUCAACUACCACCUAACACAAACUGGUCUGGUGUACCUGCUAAACAAGUCAUAUAA